CAAGUUUUUUGAGAAAAAGAUAAGACACAAGUGAGGAGGUGAGCUGCUGUGUCUGUGAUGGAGAAUCAAGAGGUGAUAUUGCUGAGUGCAUGGUUCAGCCCAUAUGCUCUCAGAGUUCAAUGGGCUCUGAAGCUGAAGGGAAUCCCAUUUCAAAUUGUGGAAGAAGAUCUACGUAAGAAGAGUCAUCUUCUUCUGAAGCACAACCCUGUGAACCAGAAAAUUCCUGUGCUUCUUCAUCAGGGAAAAGCCAUUGUUGAUUCAUUAAGCAUAAUUGAGUAUAUUGAUGAGACUUGGAAUCAUAGUCCUUUGUUAAUGCCUCAGGAUCCUUAUGACAAAGCCAUGGCUCGCUUCUGGGCUGAUUUCAUUGAACAAAAGCUGCACAAAGCUAUAAGGAGAGCAAAAGUGUUCAAAGGAGAGAAGAAAGAAAGAGAAGUGAAGCAAGCAAAAGAAGCAUUAAAAAUUCUUGAUGAGAUGGUGAAGGGAAAGGAGUUCUUUGGAGGAGACUCAGUUGGAUUCCUAGACAUAGCAUUAGGGUGGAUCACAUUGACCCUUGGAGUUUUUGAAGAACUUGCUUGUGUUACAGUAUUUGACUCUGAAAAAUACACUCAUCUUCACAAAUGGAUGAUUAAAUUUGUGGAGCUGCAACUCAUCAAGGAGACUCUUCCACCAAAGGACAAGUUGCUAAGUGUUCUUCAAAGCUAUGGCCACACUUCACUUGCUCCACUUUCCACAAAAUCAUUUAAUCUAAUUAAAUUGUUAAUUGAAUAAUAAUUGUUGCUUAAAGAUAUAAAAUAAGUAUAGUUUUAUAAUGUCCACACUCACGUAAAAAAUAUUUUCAAUUUUUA